CGCGUGGCAGUGGUAAACAAAUAUGGCGGAAGUGUUGAGCGUUUCUUUCGGCGUUUCUCUGAAGUUUUAAGUGGUUUUCUCUCUUUAAAACACAGAGUAUUUUUAGCCGGAUGUUUCCGGGGGCUGGUCUGGUUGUGAGGCAGUAGAAUGAGCGGCUGGGCGGGUUUUUCUGAAGAGGAGCUGCGGAGAAUCCAGCAGAAAGACUCCGCUGGACCUCCUGCUGCUCCCCGCGGUAGGAAGCCUCCGACAUCCAGCCGGAGCCGGCAACAGAUGCAGCGGGAGAAAGCGCUCCAGUUAGCCGGCUCACAGACCCUGCUGCCGGGGCAACAACUCAGCAAACCACCGCUGACGAUAGAAGGUCAGCCUCCAGACCAGACAGGAGCUCCUUCUGCCGGACAGGAGAAGCAGCAGAAACCCGCCAACAUGAAGCAGAAUGAGGAGCACCGCCCGAAAGCAGAGGAGGAGAAAAAGGAGGAGAUACUUGUGGUGAAAGAGCUGGAGAAGCAGGAGGUGGAGAUGAGAGAAAAGACGCGUCUGGAGCAGCUGCAGCAGGAGCAGAAAGUCAUCGAGGAGCGGAACAAGCUGACCAAAGCACUUCUGGCUAAAACGAUCGCUGAGAAGUCCAAACAGACCCAAGCCGAGGCGGUGAAGCUGAGGCGGAUCCAGAAGGAGCUGCAGGCGCUCGACGACAUGGUGUCCAACGACAUCGGCAUCCUGCGGGGCCGGAUAGAGCAGGCCAGCUGGGACUACAGCGCCGCCAGGAAGCGUUAUGAGAAGGCCGAGGCCGAGUACGUGGCGGCCAAGCUGGACCUGCACAGGAAGACGGAGGUGAAAGAGCAGCUGACCGAGCAUCUGUACGCCAUCAUCCAGCAGAACGAGCUGCGCAAAGCCUGCAAGCUGCAGCAGCUGAUGGAGGAGCUGCAGCUGCAGGAGGAGCUGCAGCAGCAGCAGGAGGAGGAGGAGCAGAGCAGAGCCGCCGCUGCAGAGCCUCAGAGGAACGGCAGCGGUGAGGCAGCAGCGCCAUCAGCCCUUGGCGGCGCUGAGGCGCUCCAGCAGGAGGCGCUGGACCAACUGAACACAGAACCAGACUGUAAACGGUCAGAAAACUGUGAUGUGGUUCGACCUUUGACCUGCUGACGCUCAGAGCAGAAGAUCUUCAUCUCACUGAUGUCUUCCUCAUGUGGCUCCAUCACCAGAACCAGCUGAAGUUCUGAUCGCGGCUCAGAACCGGGUUUUAUUCUGUGUUGGCCUCUGCUGCAGCGCCCCCUUCAGGCAGGGCAGGUUUACCUGGAGGACUGCAGGUGUUUCAGGAAGUCACUGGUUUAAAGGAAACUUCUGGAUGUUUUCUGUUUGGGUCACUUUAUAUUCACUGCAAAAACACAAAAACCUGAAAUAAAAUUAAACUAGCUUUUCAUCUACUAAUAUAAUAAGUUGAUAAUUCCUUAAUAUUGGUGAAAAAGUUCUAGUUCCACUGAUGGAUUAUUUCACUUAUUGGAUGGAAAAAAGUCUUGUUAUAAAUGAAAUGAUCAGCCAUUGGAACUAGAACAUUUUAUUAAUAUGAAGGAAUUAUUGACGUAUAAAAAGCUGCUUCUUGCUGAAAAGCUACUUGGAGUUUUUUCUUUUUUUAAGUGUACUAAGAUAUUUGUUCUAGAAACUGGAACAAACAAGUUUUGUGUUUUUACAGUGCAGAUUUAAUGUAACAUGCAGUUUGUUCCAAACUCUUAACUAUAUGACUGAUUUCUUUUAAAUAUGUUCGACACUCUGAGAAAAACCCAUUUUUAGUGUAAUAAACUUUUUUUUUUUUUUGCAGUUUUAUCCAGUUUUUUUCUAGAACUUUAAGCAGAUUCUUUGUUUUACAGUAAAAAUGAUCAAAACGUUUCCAGAUUACAUGUCAGGCUUGUGGACACUCCGGUAAAUGUGAUGGUUGCCAUGGCGACACGUGGUUCUGGUUCUGUCGACUGAUUCUCUGUCAUGAAAACACUACAUGAAAAUCAUUUUUCCUUUAAUAAACGGUUGAAACAUGGA